CCUCUCUCUACCGUUUCUCGCCUUGUGCGUUCUCUGUCUGUUCUUCGUUGCGGAGGUUUCCGUGUUGGGAUGGGGGGACGUUGCUGUGUCCGUUAGAUGGUAUAUGGUAUAUGGUGUUGUAUGUCCUUGAAUGUGGAGAAACCCCAGGGUUAGGGUUUGGGGUUUGCGGAUGGGCAGAGAGGGUGGGCGUUUUAGUUAGAUUCCUGUGGUGGUGGUUGUGUUGUUGUUGUUGGAAUUGAGUGAUUGGUGGGGGACUUGGCGGAGUUGAAUUGAGGUUGGUUUUGUUUGGUUGCGUGCUUGGGGUGUGAGUCGUCGGGAACUGGUGCACUUGGGAUGGGAAUGCCAUAGUUUUAGGUUUAGCGGGAGUUGUAGAGUGGGGUUGUUUUUGUGGUGGUGCGAGGAGAUGGAUGGCGUGCGUGGUUGGGGGUUGAUGUGAUAUAUUGUCACGGGAUUGCGGAACUGUGUCUUGAUAUGCAGCAGUGGUGAUUCACGCCCAUCGAUACAUACAUCCCUCGGAAAAAAUGGCAAAAAAGAGGAAGUCUGAGAAUGCAGCACUUGACGAGGUGGAGAGAACUCUGUACACUUCGUUCUGCACCGCUGCGAACUCAAUUUCCCAGCUUUAUACACAAGCUCAGAAUCAGCAGAAGCUUUCUUUUCAAGCAGGCGAAAGACAUGCAGUGGAGAAGCUGUACUACUGGUUGCUGAGGGAACACCAAAAUGGUUCCAAUAUUACCGUUGCACAAAUCAUUCACAAUCUUCAGAGCGAACUUGAGGGUGGCAAUGGGGAGGAGAUGACAAUGUCGCCUGGACACCAAUUGCAACAGCAUGGUCCAGCACAACAGCAAUUUAGUGUAGUGGGUACCGUGGGGACUUCAGGGCGUACGACAGCAUUGUCCGCGCCACUUGACCAGGGGAAGAUACCGGUCUUUCAAGGUGCUCUCUCCAGCCCUAAUAGGAGAUGCUUUCCUGCUUUCGCAAUGUCGCCAGGUGGCUACGGUGUGUCGAACUCCACUGUGCAACCUGCUAGAAGGGGCAGUCUGAGCUUAGAGCACUCAGGUAGUGACUUGCGAGAAGGCCAGCUGGACUCUGCACCACACGAAGACCCGUCUGCCACUGGGUUUGGCUUUCAACCUCCUCCCCAGCAGCAUCAACAUCAGCAUCAGCAGCAUCACUCUCAGCACGUGCGGGACGGCGUUCACUCGUGCAACGAAAACGAUUCCAGUAUGGACAUGCAUGCGGAUAGCGUUGCUGAGGACUAUUAUCGCUGACCUCAUCUCAGGGAAGGUCGGCAUGCACUAUCGGGUAUCACCACCGGCUUUCUGACAUGAUGUACAGGCAAUUUUCAGAGACGGUGGUUUGCUAAUUCAGCUCAGUGUUAGCUAUUUUGUCCUCACGAACGCCUUCUUGGUGUCAUACAGAUGACAUAUGUUUCCGCUAAUUAUGGCUCCUGAAUUGUGAGUAUUGGAGAUGUAUCAACUGCGAGGGUUAUCAAGAGCUUGUGCUGGCAGAAAAGAUUGUAAGAAGUAGGAUUGGAUUGUGCUCAAAGGGAACCAUUACACUGGUGGUUGGUAGGUGGUUCAAAUGUGGGUGGCAUGAGCUGCCGCCUUGGGCACUUAGCAGGUAGAUUGAACUUUAAAUAAAACUAACUAGGGUCAACCUUGUAUCUGUUGACCUGGGCUUCAAUAAUGGAGUCCUGGGAAGUCGUUGCCAAGUGUUUUGUAGAGCAAUGUCUCAAGGAAACAUUCCAUCUCAAUGGAACGAUUGUAACGGAAUGCGAUCGCUUUACAGGUUGAUAUUACCUCAUAGAGAAUUAUAGAGGCAUUGUAAUGGAAUUUCAGUGGGUUGUAUUCAUCAGUAGUGCCUUGAGAUUAUAGAUGUAAAUGUAGUCGAUAUAGGGAAAGUGCUCAUGUUAUCAUCUGUUAAUACAAUAAGCAUAUGCCACGUAUUGCACGA